UAAUUAUCGUUUGUCACUCUCUCAAAAAGAAACAAGAAAGUGAAGUGCGAAAACACGUCUGAAUAAUUUGUGUGUAAAAUAAAUAAAUAUUCCGAAACAAAGAAUAAAAGUUGAAGCAAUAAUAGUUUACAGUGAAUCUUUUGUACAUACAUAUAUAGAUAUUGUUAAAUAUAUCUAUUUAUUAAUAAUACAAAAAUCUCAAACAAAAAGUCAGACACAAUGCCCGAAAUGGAGACUGAAAACACCAACUCUACCACCACAGAACCUGUGACAGCAGAAAAUCCCGACGAGAAACAAAAGAAAACAACAUAUGCAGCUGUAUAUGAUCCAGAAUGUCUACCUGAUAUGCUACCUGUCUAUUAUAGGCGUUUGUUUCCGCACAAACCAUUUUACAGAUGGCUUUCUUAUGGCCUAUCUGAGGAUGGCAUUUUUGUCAAUCGUGAAAUCUCCUUUACUCUACACGAUGAUAUUUACAUACGUUAUUUAUGUUUUGAAACCCAGCAGGAAUUCGAAAAGGAACUAUGCACCAGAUGUCCAUUUAAGAUUGAUAUAGGAGCUGUUAUGAACACAAGGCCCAAAAAUAAUCGCAUAUCUGCCGCCGCCAUGGCUCCAGUUCAACGUGAACUUGUCUUCGAUAUAGAUAUGACGGAUUAUGAUGAUGUGCGCACGUGUUGCAGCGAUAAAAGUGUUUGCCAAAAAUGCUGGAAAUUUAUGGCAGUAGCUGCUAAUAUCUUGGAUACAGCUGUUAAGGAGGAUUUCGGCUGGGAACAUAUUCUCUGGGUAUUCUCCGGACGACGUGGUAUACAUUGUUGGAUAUGUGAUUACGAAGCCCGUCAUCUCGAUACCCAGGGACGUUCGGCUGUGGCGGAAUAUCUACAGAUAAUAAAUAAUGCAAUGGGCUCGAAUGGUGCCAGUGUUUCGCGGGUAUUUAUCGGCGAAAGAAUGCAUCAUAGUGUCCGCAGAGCGUAUCAAAUUAUUGAACCCGCCUUUGAGGAGAUUAUUUUAAGAGAUCAAAAUCUUUUUAGUUCACCCAAGGGCAUAGAGAAGCUGUGUAACUUCAUUGGCGAUGAGGUGGCUCGCCAAGAAACCGAACAGUUUUUGCUCAACAAUGUUGAAGAUGGCGCACCCGCCCUAAAGGUGUGGGAGGCUUUUAAACGUUACGCCAAUUCUAUGCGCUGCAAUGCCACACAGUCGGUAUGGUCCCGACGUUUAAAGAAUAUCAUUGAGGAAAUACAAUUGGCGUGUCUCUACCCGCGUUUGGAUAUAAAUGUCACAAAAGGUUUUAAUCAUUUACUUAAAGCUCCCUUUUGUAUACACCCCUCAACGGGUAAAGUUUGUGUCCCCUUUAAUGCUAGUGUAGCUGGUAAAUUCAAUCCCACAACUGUGCCCACCAUUGCCCAGCUGUUACAGGAAAUCAAUGCCUUCGAUGAAAAGAAUAAAGCUGAAGAUGAGGCUGACGAAAAGUCACGUAUUAAGGAUUACAAAAAGACCAGCAUGUUCAAAGGUGUAGUUGUGUUUGAGGAGUUUGUUCGCAAACUGGAGACUAGCUUAAAGGCCAAGUCUAAAAAACUGAAUGAAAUUAAUAUGGAAUUUUAAAGCACCGUUUAUAUGUACAAACCUUUUUAAUAAACAUUUAAACUUUUUAGAUCAAAACCUUGC